AUGACUCGGCUCCAGAAACCCGCAGCUGAGGAACAGGGCGAUGCGCAGAACCUUGCGGUUGCCUCCAGCCGCGGGCCAGGAGCCGCCAGGCCGGGCGUGAGAGCCGUACCUCAGGAAAAGCAACUUUAUCUUGAUUUAAUUGAAAAGAAUGAUAUUUACGGUGACACCAGACAUGAAGUUAACGUGUAUGUUAAGGUGUUUACAAAUAGCCCAUUUCUCGUAUGUAUGGAUCUGCCUCGUUCUCAAGCGGAAGUAAUAGAUCCCAAGUAUUUGUGGAUUGGUCCAGAUGGAAGAAAUUUAGAAGGGCAAAUGUAUGUGAAUCUUACAGAAACAGGAAAGCUGAUGGUGCUGGGUUUUAAGGAGUCUAUGUCUGGAGCCUACACUUGCACGCUUUCUCACAAAAUCAUAGAAACUAUGACACAAGAAGAAAGAGAAGUAGUUGAGGUGUAUAAAUUCAUGGUAUAUGCCUACAGGGAAGCUGACCACGCAUAUCAGGUGUUUGUUCGCUACACUACAAAGGAAUGUGAGCUCCCAGCUAACAGCCAGUUCUUUGAGGAACUAAAGAAAAUCGUAAAUCACAUCAUCUCUGACCUGACCUGUCACAUCACAGAGUCUUCCUACAAAUGCCAUUCCUUCAAGAGACCAAAACAAGGCCUCAGGCACCAACUAUUCGUUAGUUUUCAAGUCAAUCCUUUUGCACCAGGAUGGGUAGAAGUUUGCCACCAGGUUCCUUACGAUUGUGAAGACGUGACAAACGCGCGAGUUCGAGAGGCAAAAGAUCAAAUCGGAGAGUUUUUCAGCAAGCAGGCGUAUGCUUUGAAGCACGAGUUUCAAACUCCUCCUACCAUACACUACGUGGAGAACAGUUUCUCAGUCACCCCCAUUGACAGCUGUCGGCCCGGUUUUGGGAAAAACGAUCUCACCCACAAGAACUGCGCCAGUUGCUGCGUGGUUUGUGCUCCCGGAACUUACAGCCCUAACAGCGACGUGACCUGCCAGAUCUGUGCAAGGCCCCGAGUCAAGAUGUACGGAGCAAGAUCUUGCUAAUAAACUGAUGACAGGAACUGGAAAACCGAGGAG